AUGGUGCUGAUUCCCAAGAAGUCCCGCCGGGCCAUUCUGGAGCACCUCUUCAAGGAAGGUGUCAUGGUUGUGAAGAAAGACUACCAGGCGUGCAAGCACAACGAGCUGGAAGACAUCCCCAACCUUCAUGUCAUGAUGGUGCUGCGAUCGCUGGCUUCCCGCAACUACCUGUCGGAGAUCUACAGCUGGCAGUGGCAUUACUACACCCUCACGAACGAGGGCAUCGAGUACCUCCGGGAGGUGCUUCACCUCCCUCAGCAGGUGUUCCCACAGACCCUGACCAAGCAGCGCCCCACCCGACCUGCAUUGGCUGGUGGCGACUCCUCCGAGGGAAAGGGCAAGGGCAAGGGCAAGGGCUGGAACCGCGACCGCGAGGAGGACGGCAAUAUCUCUGAAGCGACGCGACGCGCGGUGGCAAAACGAAUUGAGCUCAACUUAGAAGGGCUGGACAUUGAGCGGAUUGACGUCAUGGUGUUGAUUCCCAAGAAGUCCCGCCGGGCCAUUCUGGAGCACCUCUUCAAGGAAGGUGUCAUGGUUGUGAAGAAAGACUACCAGGCGUGCAAGCACAACGAGCUGGAAGACAUCCCCAACCUUCAUGUCAUGAUGGUGCUGCGAUCGCUGGCUUCCCGCAACUACCUGUCGGAGAUCUACAGCUGGCAGUGGCAUUACUACACCCUCACGAACGAGGGCAUCGAGUACCUCCGUGAGGUGCUUCACCUCCCUCAGCAGGUGUUCCCACAGACCCUGACCAAGCAGCGCCCCACCCGACCUGCAUUGGCUGGUGGCGACUCCUCCGAGGGAAAGGGCAAGGGCAAGGGCAAGGGCUGGAACCGCGACCGCGAGGAGGAGGGCUAA